GCAACCAUUCUCCUAAAGAAGCACAAUUUCGAAGAAAUCAGUAUGGUUGAAGGGAAGAAGAUACAAGGAAACCUCCUCUGAAGAUUCACGCGGUAAACAUAGCUCAUAGCACCAUUAACUACCUCUCACAAACACUGAAACAUGACCUUCAUAAAACAGCGAUACUUCUUCUUGUUACUCUUCUUUCAACAUCUUCUUGCACAUCAACUUUCCCAGAAACCUCUUCUGCAUACAGAAUUCCCACAAAAUUUUACAUUGAACGAGGGAGAGAAAAAGGUGGUGGUAUCCGUAAAUAGGCGUGGAGGUGGUGGUCAUGCAGGUGGUGGUCAUGCAGGUGGUGGUCAUGCAGGUGGCAGUGGCCGUGGUGAUGGAGGUAGAGGUGGACACGAGGGUCCAGGGCGUGGAGCUGUAAUUCCUCUAUAUGUAGCUGGUGCAGGUGGCUACCACGGCCAUGACCGCCACCAUCAUGGUUCGAAUAGUGCUAGCCCGGGUAACUGUGGCCUGUGUCAUCUGGUUUUGUCUAUUUUUAUAUCUGUUGUUUUUUUAAAUUUCGUUUAGGGUUAUAAUUGGAGUUCAGUGUGAUUGUAACGAAAAAAACUUUUCAGCGUUUUAUCGUUCACUAAUUUGUUUAU